AUGGCAUCAAUUAAUAAUGAGAAUAAUAGUUCAGAACCGUUCAAGGAUGACAAAGAAUUUUGGAUACACCAAGAACCGUUUCAAACAAAUAAAGAUCAUGGAAAAUGGCAAUGGAUUCCAACAUUUUUACGUAAAGAAGCAUUAGCAUGGUAUAUUACGAAAUAUGAAGAAUUAAGAUGGCCAUCAGAUAAUCGAACAAGAUUAGAUUAUGAAGUAAGACAACAACGUGAAACGUUUCGAAAAACAACAACAACACAUGAGCGUGAUGUAUUAAAUGUGGUGAUUAAUACUGGAACACAAUUAUUAAGAAAAGAAGAAGAAGAAGUUAAUGAUGAUCAACAAGCACAAUUACAACAGGGUGUUAUCGGAACGAUAGGUCAAGAUCGUACAUUAUUAUUGAUAAAAUUAUAUUGUAUACUGGAACAAUUGUGGAUGAAUAGGAAAUUAAAUGCUCGAAAAGGAUUAUUGGCAACCAGUAUUGAUGAUCUUUAG